GCGGACCACUGACUGCUGCCGUAGACGUCGUCGUCGUCGUCGUCAUUCGAGUUUCGGUCGUCGCGUACAGUUGAAGAGCCACGGCGUCUCCGGGCCCGGAAUCCGCCGUCCUUUAACCGCAACUUGCUUUCUUGCUACAGAAACGAGUCAGUGAAUCGGUACGGGCGAAAUUUAAGUAAAAGAAAACUGCAGCAGUUUGGCUGAUUACCAGAGAACUUUAAAGACAUUAAUGACAAAUUGACCAUAUGCCAUGAGGAAUCUUUUCUUUCUACUGCAGUUGCUGACAUUUUCAAAGUGGACCAUCACACACAACCUCACCAUCCCUGAGUUGCGGAAUCAGUAUGCAGAACAGGCGUUAUCCUCAGAGCUCGAGGAAGUAGACAGUAGGAGUGGGGGGUGGUCCAAGUGGUCCGAAUGGUCUCCUUGCAGCAGAUCCUGUGACGGAGGAGUCUCCAAGCAAAUUAGGAGCUGCAAAACCAGCUCUUGUCGAGGAGAGCAUGUUCGAUACAAAAUUUGCAAUAUGCAGCCAUGUCCUGAAUCUCGCGACUUCCGCAUGGAUCAGUGUCAAGCGUUCAACAAAAGCCCAUACAAAGGCCUGUUCUACGAAUGGUCGCCGCAUUACUCAGACGAUACGAAACCGUGCACGCUCACCUGCGUGGGUCAGCCGGUAGCCACUCGCAACGAGAUCGAGGCCGAUCAAGUUGUCGUGGUGGCGAAGUUGGCCGACAAGGUCCACGACGGCACCCGAUGUCGUCCGGGCAGCCUGGACAUGUGCAUCGAUGGGUCGUGUCAGAAAGUUGGAUGCGACUUGCGGAUAGGAUCCAGCAAACAGAUCGAUGAGUGCGGAGUUUGCGGCGGAGACGGCUCGUCAUGCUUCAAACCGAUAUAUCAUUGGACUCUGGCGUUUACGUCGUUGUGUUCCACCACGUGCGGCGGAGGCUACAAGAUGUCACGUCCCUUGUGUCAGAAUCGAGUGACUGGAGAGGAGGUCGAGGCGGAACUUUGCAACGAUUCCCAGAGACCCGACUCGACCGUCGUCAGAUGCAACAUACAUAACUGUCCGCCCAAAUGGCACGUUGGCGAAUGGGGCGGCUGCUCCCUCACCUGCGGCGGCGGUUCCAAAGUUCGGGAAGUUUAUUGCGCAGAAGAGGCGAACAAUACCAAAAUUAAGGUGAAAAACAAUAAAUGUGGCACGCCAAUGCCUUGGGAGGAGGAAAUGUGCAAUGAACAAGCCUGUCCCUCGUGGCACACGUCAUCCUGGUCAGGAUGCUCAGUUUCCUGUGGGGAAGGCGUCCAAGUUCGCGUUGUGGAGUGCAGGGACCACAAUGAGGAGACCAGCAGCCUCUGCGAUCAAAGGGUGAAGCCCACAGCCACAAAGCCCUGCUUCACUGGCAUCCAGUGCCCGUACCAGGUGCUGGACGGAAGUGGGGAGGAGUUACUAAGUAACAGUUACUAUUCGCAGCCUUUGGUGCAGCCUUACCCUCCCCCACCUUCCGCCGAAAGGCUUAUAGGAGAGCAAGUUAUCCCGUCAGAAAGUUCAUUUAUUCCAGACGAGUGGGGACCGUGCAGCGUGUCCUGCGGGGAAGGCGUAAGAAAACGCGAAGUACACUGCAAAAUAUUCCUGGAGUUUUCGAGAACGAUAGCGAAACUGCCCGACAAGCAAUGCUCGGGAGUUAAGCCCAUAGAAAUGGAGAAAUGCUUCAUGGAGCCGUGCACCUCCGAGCGCAUAGGAGUGGAUAUCAAAGACGAUCCAUACAGAUCCGAUAUAAAAGUGGCGGGGGGAUCGCCUGGGAAGUCGUAUUCGUGGAAAGAGCAAGGGUACACUCACUGUUCCGCUACGUGUUUGGGUGGUGUGCAGGAGUUGAUAGUUAAUUGCGUAAGAGAUGAUACUCAGAAGGUUACGUCGCCUUAUAUGUGCCCCAUAGAGUUAAAACCCGAAAUUCUCAUGAGGACUUGCAAUGACCACCCAUGUCCUCCAAGGUGGAACUAUUCGGAGUUCUCUCCUUGCUCGCAGAGCUGCGGCAUUGGUAUUCAAACCAGGGAGGUUAACUGUGUACACGAAGUGACACAAGGGGGGGGGAAUAACGUUAUAGUCCCCAAUAACAUGUGCCCUCAACCUCCACCGCCCGACAGGCAGUACUGCAACGUUCUUGAUUGCCCGGUGAGAUGGAAGAUGCACGAAUGGUCCAGAUGCUCCAAAACUUGCGGUGGAGGCGAAAAAAUAAGGAAGGUGGAGUGCAAACAAGUCAUGGCCCAAAAUCACACCGUAGAUAGACCAGCCUCGAUGUGCCCCCAUCCGAAACCCCAAGAUACCAAACCAUGCAAUACCAAGAGUUGCAUCGUUGAAAGCGAUAAACCGCAAAUUGACGUCUCCAACAGCACCUUCAUCCAACACGACCCAAAGAAGAAGAAGAUAUCCUUGAAAAUAGGUGGUGCCGCCACGGUAUUCCUAGGAACAACCGUGAAAAUAAAAUGCCCGGUCAAGAGGUACAACAGAACUAAAAUACAGUGGGCAAAAGACAAGAACUACAUCAACAAAUCCAAGAAGUACAAAACAUCCAAGAAGGGCGCGUUAAGAAUCACAAACUUAACCUUGAGAGACAGCGGUAUGUAUACGUGCGUUGCGGGCAAAUCAACAGCGAGCAUCCAAAUAUCCGUAAGGCCGAAACCGGGCGAAUUUCCCACAUCGGAAGAAAUCCAACGGCAAGGCGUAAGAACGGAGAAAGGAGAUCUGAUAUCCGAUAUCUCCAUCGGCAGGGAGGAUCUUAACCCCAUUUUCAGCGACGAACAUUCGCACGAGCAACGGCCGGAUAAGCCGCGGAAGAAGACCACCCCGAGGGGUAAAUUGUUCACCCCCACUCUGCCGUCUCUACGGCUGGAUUCGAGCAAUAGAAAUGACCAGGAUUUAAACUUGAACUUACCAUCUAGCUCUUCGGAUAGCCUUAGUCCUCCAAUAUUUGAGGACACUCCAAGCUCAGCGACUCGCAAUAUGCCUCAUUUUCAAAAAUUUAUUUCCAAUAUACAGAUUUUGUGGCCUUUUCAGAUGUUCUCGAACUCGCGAGGUCACCGAAUGAUAGUCGACAGUCUUCCGAACAGUUUCUAUCGAGAGCAGGACUCGAACGCCAUUCUCAUCGAAACGAAGAAGUACAUCUGGCAACUGAGCGGCUGGUCCAAGUGCUCGGAAUCCUGUGGCAACACCGGCUAUCAAAUAAGGAAGAUCGCGUGCGUUUCGGUGGAAAAUGUUACGACGUUUGAAGUGGGAAACGAGUUCUGCCAGGACGAAAAACCGCAGACAAAGAGCAAGUGCAACCUGCAGGAAUGUCCGGUGUGGAAGGUAUACGAAUGGAAUUCCUGCGAGUCGUCCAAAUGUAUUGGACUCCAUGAAGCUAUGCAGAAGAGGACCGUGAAAUGCGAAACCCCAUCGAACGAAACAAACACGAUUUCUAAAUGCAGCAGAAAAGAAAAACCCGUCGACAAUAAAGUAUGUUACAAUAAAAAAUGUGUAGGGAAAUGGCAAGUGGGAAAGUGGUCGGAUUGCGCUGCUCCUUGUGAGAUGAAAGGAGUUAAAUACAGGACCCUGCGUUGCCUUUGGAACGGCACUAAAAAACCCGCUGGAACGGCUUGUAAGAAUAUUAAACGACCACCAAUUAUGAAGAUAUGUACUGGACCACAAUGUAGCACUAUGGAAAAUCGUUGCUUAGACCAUUCCAAAUUCUGCCCAAAUGUGAAGACAAUGAAUCUUUGCCGCAUCAUGAGAUACCAACAGCAGUGUUGCCAAACAUGCAGCAUAUAAGAAAACCUAUUAGCAGAUUUUUCAAAUUAUGUUUUUUACAAGUUGUUAAAAUAUCUUAGAAAAAUGCACCUAGAUUUUACUUAUAAGUUGUUAUUUAGUUUUGUAAAAUUUGUUGUAUUGUACACCAUUUAUGUUCAAAUAAGUUUAAGACUGAUCAUGUGAAAUUAUAUUAAUUUUAAUAAUUUUUAUUAAAAUAUUCAUGAAAUAGGUACAUUUAAACUGUUUAUUUACUUAAAAAUUUUCAUGUUUAUCUCGGCGUGGUCGAAUACAAAUGUAGGCAACUAUUAUUACACCUACCCAAUCAAUACGUAACGUUAUAUUUUCGUUUAAUAAAGCUUACAAUUAUUUAAAGCCACUAUAUCUACUAAAUAAUCAGUGUGCAAAAUAAAACUUAAAACAAUAAUAAUUAUUGUAAAAAAAUAAACUUAAAACCUAUGGACACAAAAUAGUUAAGUUAAGUUGUCUUCCCAAUUUCUAGAUUAUACAUUCCAGGAAUGACAUUCCUAUUUAAUAUAAAUAAUUAGGUAGUUAAAAGUUCCCAAAAAGUUAUUUAUCAGUAUUAAUAUAAGUAUUUUUUCAAAGUUUGUUAAAUUGCUAUAUAAUGAAUUUAAGCACCUUCCAAAGGCAUGUGUAUAAUGUAAAAAUGUGUAUUAUUACACCGUUCAAAAUAUUUAAAUAUGUUAAUUAAAAAACUUUGUAUAAAAAACCUUUAAUUUCCUUAAGUUUUAAUCACAUUUUAAUUAAACAUCAUUACUACAUAAACAUAAUAUGCGAGUGGUUUGUACCUUUUAAAAUUUGCUUUUAAUUUUUUGGCUAGUGUACAUAUUGACGCUAUGUAGAAUAAAAUAGUUAAUUCAAUACAAUUAUACCUAGUCAAUAUUUACAAGCAAUAAAAUUAUUAUUUUUACUUUGUUUUCAAUAAAAAUAACCACUUUAUAUAUUUGUGUGUUUAUUUGUUUAAUCUCUAUUGAGAUAUAAUUUAAUGUUUAGUAUUUGUAAAUUUAUAAAAUACGUUGAUUUAUUUAAUUAAACUGAUUUUUAAAACUCUUUUUUUUAUUUUCCAUAAGUCUUCACUGUAUUUUUCCAUUUUUCAAUUAAUACAGAAUCUGGUAUUCUGGUGAGUUCGUUAAGAAUUUUCCAGCCAUUUUCUUGAGUUGAAAGUAAAUAAGUAUUACUAGGAUCGUCCAAAGCUGAAUAGGCUCCCAAAACCAAGGAUUGACAUAUCCUUCCUUCUAUGCAAAUCUAAAAUAAUCCCGAUAAAAUCGAUAAUGAUUAA